UAUUAAGUAAUGUUAUUUGAAUAAGCAAGCUACUGAGAAACAUUAAUUUAAGUUAUCGAAUGCAACAUGUACUUGAAACCUUUGCAGGUGGAACCUCUGAAAUUAUACCGGUACAAAGGUGUCAAUACGUCUUUCUACAAUUAUAUUUUGAGCCCUUUCCAUACACGACUUGUUGAGUGCUUACCCCUUUGGCUUGCCCCCAAUUUAAUAUCAACAUUGAGCUUCGCGUUUUCGAUGGCGGGGUUUUCAAUAGUUGCUUACUACGAUCCAGAUUUUUCUCUUGAUAAAGAAACCCACGUGGCACCGGUACCUCAAUGGGUGUGGCUCGCUGUUGCAUUUUGCGUGUUCACCUACUAUACCCUUGAUGGGUGCGAUGGUAUACAAGCUCGCAGGACAGGUACGUCGUCACCGCUGGGGGAGCUGUUUGACCAUGGUUUCGAUGCUUGGAACGGAUUGCUUCAUGUUUCCACUGUAAUUGCUUUAUUCGGCAUGCAUGAAGUACAACCUUUCUACGCAUAUCUCAUACUGGUUGUGUUUUCAUUUACCUUCUUCCUAAUAUACUGGGAAAAAUACGUCACAGGGGUUGUUAAUCUACCGUUGGGAAUGGAUUCUGGAUUGCUGGCGUUGAUUCUAAUGUACUUGUUGGCAGGAUUCUUCGGACCAUUCGCCCUUCAGGAAAACAUUCUGGGUUAUUUCUCAAUUAAAGAUUUUUUAAGACUGUUAAUUAAAUUUAUACCGUUCACCUCAUUCUUCGGCAGUUGCUACACUAUUUAUUGCUGUUCUAAGCGUGGGUGUAAAAUUUCAAAAAUGAAAAUGUUUGUUCCGCUGAUAUCUCCGAUUGUCGCGUUCAUUUUUUUAACGGCGUGGGCGUACUUUUCUCCAUCAAAUAUAUUACAACUUCAUCCUCGGUGGUUCUUUCUGCUGACUAGCGUCGUCGCGUGCGAUAUUAGUAUUGAUUUAAUUGUCAACCAAAUGGUCGACUCUACAUGUCCACCAAUCAAGAUGACAGUCGUCGCUUGCUCUCUAGCAUCAAUAUUUGCGCUACUUCCCCACGAAAUGAACAUGGAAAUCGUCACUUUAAAAUUCAUUACAUCUGUUCUUGUUUUAGCUCACCUUCAUUUUGUUUGUUCGGUGAGUAGAUUCCCAGAGUUGAACUAUAUUUCACGGCGUCGUAUCACCCAUGGAUGGGAUAUGCUGACUUGCUUGGAAACUGGAAGAUACCAGAUAGCUCGAUGCUCCAACCAGCACUGUAGACGUGCUGGGCGAUUCGGGAAAGACGCUUCUGGUGGUAUGCAGAAUGUAUAUUUAAGUUUCUGCUUGAUCAUUCGUCAAAUUUAA